GCCUAUACGUGACUCACUGACUGGACCUGACAGGCAGACACAAAAGGCCAGAGAGAGAAGAAGAAGGUCCACAAACAUUUUAGCUUCACAUCUGUUUGAUGUUGUUUGCUGUAACAGCUGUAGAUCUGGAACUCUCAUCUGUAACUAGAUUAUUUCUCGAUGGCAAUUGCUUUGAAGAUAUUGUUUUAUUUUGGGCCAUAAAUCUACUCGCUGAUUGAGUCGCAUUGCACCUUAACCUCUGAGAAAGUGAACACAGAGCGGAGGAGCUCAGGCUCGACAGUAUUGUUUGCCUCACCUUUGGAAAGCAGGUGUUAUGGAUCGACAGAAUUUCCUGUGCUGGAGAGUUGCCCUGCUGCUUCUCUUAAUGCCAUGUGGCCUCCAGUGUAUGUCAGUGCACAUCCUCAGUGAGCAGCCUGUGCAUGUAAUCCCCGGCUCCGCUCUGGUUCUGAAGGCCCGGAUAGAGCACGGACCCCUGGAGGAGGUCUCCACGGUAACCUGGGAACGGGAGCCCGAAACUGGAAUAGCCCCCACGAGAGUGACACUGGCUACCUGCCCUGGCAACAGCUUCAAGUGUGUUGGCACGAGGCCAAAGGUCCGUGUGAACGUGGAGCAGCAGGAAACGACACUUCAGAUUAAUGAAUACAGCAGAGCGGACGGCGGUGUGUACACUGUGACUGUGACGGAUCACACAGGAGCCAAGACCCCUGCACAAUGCAUUGUCAGGGAAUAUGAGGCGGUGAACCACGUGUCCGUCAGCAUCAAUGUGUCUCACUCCUCACUGGUUUGCGGCGAGGCCUGGGGGACGGACCCACGCUUCUACUGGCUCCACGAGAGAGCCACCAUCACCAAGACUGUAGGAAAUGUCUCACCAGAUGGAGCGACAUUGUCAGUGACCAUGACCCCUAUAUGUGGCCACUUCACCUGUGUGGUUAGCAACAAACUGGGUUACAGUUCUGCCACCUACACUGCAGCACCGUGUGAGACAGAGGGCAGAGGAACGACGGCAGCUAUAGUGUGUCUCGUCCUCCUGCUGCUGUUUGGAGGAGUGCUGGCAUUUCUGCUGUGGUGGUACAGUAAUGCACAUAGACAGCGGCAGGCACAGUCACAAAUCUCAUUUCAGGCUAUGCUCUGAUCAUAAAACCAUACACUGAGAGAAAAUAAGACACAGGGGAGUAGCUCCUUUAGAAAGGAGAGAGAGAAAAAUGAGGGUACAAAGUGAAAACAGUGAGAAGCUAUAGAGUCCUCCCACAUGAUAUAUGACACACAUGGAGUAUGACAGGCCAGGGUGUGUCUGCUGACAAUACAACAAUCACAGUCAGCUCAAGCCAGUGUAUGGUUUGUCAGUGCUGUUUGGUCUAAAUUUAUCUCUUGGUUUCUUUUCAGGAAACACAGGCACAGUUACAGAAGAGAGAGACUGCACGAACCUUUGGAUGCUUCCAUCUAAAAAAAGAAAAAGGUCCAGGGCUUCAUUUUUUGUUAUUCAGAGGUCUACGAGAGGAGAACGGUGAAUGGACUUGACUAUGAGGGAGGGACUUCCUGUCCUGUGAGCAGUAUGACCUUACACUGCAGUGGAACAAUGUGAAGAGUGAACUGCUUGCUGGCAAAUAAAAAAUAUCUAAAAAUGGAUAUUCAUCUUGAAGUGCCGGCAGUGUCUGUACACUGCCUCCUGCUGGGCUGCACCUGACACUGUGUAUUUAACAGUAAAAACAAUGAUCAUUUUGUAAGCUUGUAUCAACUUUGCAAUGUAUUUUAAUGUACUGUAUUGUCUUCGUAAUAAAAUCCCCACACAAACUGUGACAGAAAAUUACUAAUUCAACAAUUCACUUGAAUAAAUCUUAAGAAGACCGUUUCA